AUGCAUAGCACGUGUACACGUCGCUGCGAAGCGGCGGACGCGCUCUUUCGUUGGCCACGGCGCCAGCGUCGUCGAAAACAUUUUGGGGAGCGGUCGCGCGGCCGGAAUUAUAAAAAUUGGCUCCAGCAAAACAAACAGCUAUACCAGAAACAGCUUAUACCAGAAACAGCUUUUGCUCCUUCAGUUUUAACGGAAACUCCAGCACCUGAUGACCACCAAGAGAACGUCCCAGCUCUCGAUUAUCCUCGAGCUCAAACUCCAGAAUGCGGAAAUACAACACCUACUUUUUUAUCAGAAGCCUCAACACCUGAUCUUGACCAAGAAAAUGUACCACCUAUUGAUAGUCAACAACGGAAGACUCCAGAAUCUAGUGAUAGAUCACCAUCAAUUUUGACACAGAUACCAAUAUCUGAUGUUCUGCGAGGAAAUAUUUCACCUGUUGAUGGUCUUCGAUCAACGACUUCAGAACAAGCUUAUCAAUCACCAGCUAUAGCAUCAACUUCAACAGGGCAAAUCUCAAGAGUGCCAACCAUGAAACGCAGCUAUUAUCGUACAAUUUAA